CAAACUCAACCCUCGCUCCAUGGUCUCAAACAAGUUCGCAGGGUAGCAGUACCCCGCCUUUGGGGGAUGAACCACUUUUGAUUGGGGCUCCGCCUUUGAGUGGUACAUCUCCCUCGCCGGGAGUCGGUACGCCGCCUCUGAGUGGUAGUAAUAUUACACCACCGCUUCGUCCUAUGAGCAGUUUCGCAGGUACUACACCUCGUCCGUCGUCGGGAGUCGGUAGUACGCCGCCUCUGAGUGGCACCAUGAAGAACAGCUUCUUCAACAGCUCCAGUUGUAGUUUCACUGCGGACGUUGUCGUGGACAUCAACCAAGGAGAACAAAAAGUACUAGAAGAUGAGCAGAAGGAUCAACAUGAUCCUCAACAGAGUACAAGAACUCAAUCAUCGCCUACGAAGGGCAAAAAGAAGAAAGGGGGCAAAGGCACGAAUCAGCAGAAAGAUCCAGCACAACUUCAAGCUGGUUUACUGUCGAAGAAGAACGUCCCUGGAGUGUCGCAGAAGAACAGUUUCGCACUAUUAGCUGGAGCUGUGGAGGAAGAGGAAGAAGAGGAGGAGCUUGGAAGUGGUCUUGGAGGGGGUCUUCUCGAAGACGAAGAAGGAUCUCAUGCAGAAGUCGCUCUUCCUUUCGCUGUUUCUCAGGCUCUUCCCGAAGGAUCUGAUGCAGAAGUCGUUCUUGUUCAAGUUGUUCAGGCACCUCCUUUGGAAGGUGAAGAAGUCGAAGAACCAUCUACAUCUGGCGCCAUUAGUAGCGUGAAGGAUGUCGAGAUGACGCCUCCGGCAGCAAUAAACGGGACGUCCUCUCCAACAGCGAAGACGCCCAAAGGCAAAAACAAGAGGAAUAAACGCCGCAAAACUUGUAAAGAGUCUUCUGCGCAGCAGAAAGAAGGCGCUGAUGUUGCCAUGAAGAUGGAUCUUACAACUCUUGUGGAGGAAGCACACGCACAUCAAGCUCAAGGUCUAGUAGAGCAGCAUCAGGUAGGUGUAAAUAUAGAGGCCGCAACUUCUACAACAAG